GCUCCUUCCUCGUCCUGGACGCGCUCGUUGAUCCGUUGCAGGCUCUUUGGUAUGUCGGGGAAUCCGGUGAAUCUCGCGUCUCGUGGUGAAACUGGCCUCCGGUACGUCCCUCUUCUCGAUCGCUCGUUUGCACGCCUCCUCGCAAGCCCCAUGAAGGCAUAUAAGGUGUGAUGCUGCGUCCAGCCGACAUCAGUACCAAACACACGAGACACGGGCGAACGCUCACACGGUUUAACUUAACUCUUGCGAAUUUCAUUGUAUCUGAGAUGAAAUUCACGUGGAUAUUAUACAUAUUAUCCUGCGCGUUGUUCGUCGCUAAUUGCGCACCAACUACGGAGAAUCCAUCGCUGGACGUUGACGGCUCCGAGUUGAAAAAAGUUGGCAAGGAUGGCGCAGCUGCAGAAGAAGAAGAGCGUCAGGAAACCCUCGAUGACGUCGUGGACCUUGGAAGCGAAGGAGGAGCCGAGCUGCCGAUCCUGCCGCCGAUAAUCCUGAUCGACUUUACGAACGGGACGAACUUGACGAGCGAGGAAAAGUCAAAGCGAACAAUAAACGGGAACCUGGGCUACGGCUUCCAGUCUAACAACAUACUGUCAGGAAAGUACAACUAUUACCUGCCAGCCGGAAAAACCGGGACAAAAGUCAGCAUCGAGGAAUCUAUCAGCCCUUUUCUACCGACUACCAUAAUCGAGAAGGUGAACGAUGCAGGUCCCUACUCCAAUCUGUUCGGCAGUCCUGUGCAAUCUCAUAAUCAGCCGAGAGCCAACCCCGUGACGCCCUUGGCCUUCGGACAACGGACCAAACUCCAGAAGACGAAUAGUCAGAGCUUCCAAUCGUUUUCGGGGUUCGGCGCAACCCAGAAACCGAACUAUGUUAGCUACUCCACACCCAGACCCGAGUUCCAAUCGAACAUCUAUCCUGUUGCUCCGGUUGGUCUCGGAAGCUACGGCAACCAGGCCUCCGGAUUCAACGGCUUCACCAGCCCGCGACCGCCGGUCUACAACAACCCUUCCCCUCAGACCCAGUACCAGUACCAGAACCAGAAGACGUACAACUCGCCGAUUCAAAACUACGAUUCAUUCCUGCCGACGCCGGGACCAACGAUCAGCGCAAACUACGCGACUCCGAAGCCUCAGAGCUACUCGGACCAUGGUCAGACGACGGUGCUGUCAGCCUUGGGAGGAAACUCGCCGAAGUACAGUUUCGAGAAUGGAGUUAGAUACGAGCACAAAAUUGUCUGGAAGUAUCCGGACGGCAUGGUGUCCGAGGUCGGGCCGAGUUCCUACGACGGUUCGUACUCGGGGUAUUCGAGCCCCACGAAGAUCAGCUUAACCUCGAACUACCCGAAGUCGGACGGCAACGGAUACUCCGCAAGCUCCGGGGGCAUUUACUCUCAGAAACCGGCAACUUUUCCCAAUAGCGAGGAUUCCGACGAGGGGGACUCAAAGGCGAACCAAUUCGUGUCCUCGGCUUCGAUAUCCAGCAGUAAUCCAGGUUACUUUGGAUCACCUUCGCAGGCCACACAACCCUCGCUGAAAUUCGGUUACCAGAAUACUUACUCGGCUAGCAGUGGCCAAAGUGGAAGUCUCGGCAAGCCGGGUGUCCAGGACACGAAACCCGUCUCCAGCUAUCCUGUCGACAGUCCUCAGCCGGAGUAUCCGCCUCUGCAGAGCUACUCGAUUGGCCAAGACUUCGAAGCAUUGGAUAGCCAACGAACCGGCACCUACACCUUCCAGCAGCCCUCGAAUCCAGGGUCUGAUUCUCUACCUGGUAAAACACCCUCGACUACUGUUCUGUCCAAAUACAAACCGCAGGUCCAGCAGUACUUGAAGAAGGCUCUCGGCCUCGAAGGAGCUGGAAAGAGUCAAGAGUACCAGACGACAGCCACGGGACCGUCGACGUCGUCGUCGUCGUCGCCGUCCAGCCUGCAAUACUCGAGUCUGCUGGAUUAUAACCCGUCGUUAUCUCAGUACAUCAGUAAUCCGGCUUCGAUUCUGAACGCCCAGCCAACUUUCGUUCAGGCUGGUAAUUCCUUGAUUCCGGUCAUCAUUCUGAGGGUCGACGGCGUCGCACCGAUCCAGCCAAAAGCCACGCCGAAUAUCAAUCUCAAGGCGCUUUUGCAGAAGUAUCUUACUCAGUACGCGCAAACUGUGACAAACUUGGCCAAGAGUCAGGGAUACGAUCAGGGCUAUGAGGUUCCGGAUACUCAGGGGUCUUCGGGCCCCGAGCUUUACGAUCUGGGUCGGCUGACCCAAAGUUUGAGUCAGCUCAGACAAGGCUCGAAUUUCAAACAAAAUUUUGCUCACAAUUUUGCGCAGAGCAUCGCUGGUCAAAGUUACCAACCAAGUACUUUAUCGAGUCAGUCAAGCUACGGAGAAUUUGAAAAAGGCGAAUACAGUAACUUGCAAAACGCAAAGUACGUAGCUCCGCGGAAACAUAAAGUCAAAAACGUGGAGAUAAUAGACGAUCCAAGAUUCACAACGUACAAAGUAAAAAAUUGAAAUUCGAAAUAUUUCUAACAGACUUUGAAACUUAUUUGACACAGGAUUCCUCUGCUUCUAAUUAAUUUAUUAUUUAGUUAUAUUCUGAAAGACAUUUGUCGCGCCGUUAAAUUUGUUUUUAUUUUUUACUUUUUUUUCUUUUUAUUCUUAUAUUCAUACUUCGUAAACUUUCCAUCGAUACAAUUUCUACAACACUAUGCGCUGCUGAGAGAUUCAGUCACGUUGUCGCGAGUUCUGAAGAAAGUAAGUUCUUUUCUGUUCCGGCAACGUCAUUUAGGUCAGAGAAGAGCGUACGACGAUGUUCAUUUUUCUUUCACGACAUCCCUC